GCCCCCCCCCCCCCGCGCCCCGGCCCGCCAUUGCGGGCAUGGAGGGCGAGAGCACGUCGGCCCUGCUCUCGGGCUUCGUGUUCGGCGCCCUCGCCUUCCAGCACCUCAGCACCGACUCGGACACGGAAGGUUUUCUCCUUGGAGAUGUGAAAGGUGAAGCCAAGAACAGCAUUACAGACUCACAAAUGGAUGAUGUUGAAGUUGUUUAUACAAUCGACAUACAGAAGCAUAUUCCAUGCUACCAGUUGUUCAGCUUUUAUAAUUCUGCAGGAGACCUGAAUGAACUUGCCCUGAAGAAAAUACUAUCAGGCUAUAAGAAGAGUGUAAUAGGAUGGUACAAAUUCAGACGUAACACAGACCAGAUCAUGACAUUCCGGGAAAGAGUGCUCCAUAAAAACCUGCAGUCACACCUAUCAAACCAGGGGCUUGUAUUCCUCCUUUUAACCUCUAGCGUGAUGACAGAAAGUUGUUCUACUUACAGAUUGGAACAUGCUCUACAUCGGCCUCAGGAAGGUCUUUUCCAGAAAGUCCCCUUGGUGGUUACCAACUUGGGCAUGGCAGAACAGCAAGGUUACAGAACAGUGUCUGGUUCCUGUGUAUCCUCUGGUUUUGUGAGAGCUGUGAGACAACACAGGUCAGAAUUCUUCCAUGAAGAUGGGUCCCUACAAGAGGUCCAUAAGAUAAAUGAGAUGUAUGCCACCUUGCAGGAGGAACUGAAGAAAAUAUGCAUUACAGUAGAAGUCAGUGAACGAUCUGUAGAGAAACUUUUAACAGAAGUGAGACAAUUAAAAGAAGAAAUAAAGAGGAAAAAGCAACAAAAUUGUUCGGGAGAAGACGAAAACCACCCAGCAGAGCCAAAGGAGAAUGUUUUCCUUUGUCAGGCACUGCAAACAUUUUUCCCCAAUUCUGGACUUCAGACAUGCAUUGUUUCCUUCAAAGGCCGACAAUUAUCCAAGAACUGCUGUAACAUAGACCACCAUAUUAAUGUCAUGGACAAACUGACUCUCAUGGUAGAGGAAACAGACUUCACUGAAGCUGAAACAAGGCAUCUAAACAAGCGUAAAGUCAGGGGAUCCACAACAGUUUCAAAGUCAUUCAAAAAAUCCAGAUCAUUGCAGCUUCACCAAGAAUCAUUUCAAGAUCAAGAGGACAGUGACCAGGAAAGGAAGCUUACGCUGAGUAGCACUGAAACAGAUGAGGAUGUGUUUGAAAAAAGCAGAGAUGCAAAUGAAUACCCACACUCUCCUACUUUCUGAUCUGUCAGAUGACUUUGCAGAAGCUACUGCCAGUAUAUACCAGUGAUGUAUCAAUCUAUUGCACUGCACAGAUGUAUGUAACAGGGCAUUUUUGCAGGUUGGUUUUUUUCCCCCAGUGCAUGAAUUCUGUUCAGCAUAAAGAUAAGUCCAAGAUGACAUUCCCUCA